AUGGAACUAGAAGAAGAAUCACCGCAAAACAAAAUCGCUAUAGCUCCUACCACCGCCUCUGCCGCUAUGAAUUCCGAUGUUGAACCACCGCAGAACAAGGAGACAACGUUUUCGUCGCUUCCAGAGGAAAUCGUCGUAAGCUUCUUAGCCCGCAUAUCAAAAACACACUACCCGAAACUCUCCUUAGUCUCCAAGAGCUUCUGCUCUCUCAUCUCAUCCUUCGAGCUGGACUUUCCGCGAUGUCACUUGAAAAAACUAGAAAACUUUUUUUACGUCUGCUUACAGCUUCCCGAUCGUAGUCUUCCCUCAUGGUUCAGCCUCUGGAUAAAACCUGAUCAAACCCUAACCAAUGACAUCCUGGACAAGGAUAACAACAAGUCUUCUUCCGGAAACACCUUAUUGGUACGUGUUCCUUCUUCAUAUUCUCCUCUUGAACCACCAACGUGGAAAGGUACGGUUGGUUCGAAAACAUACUUAUUGGGUCAAUGCGAAGAAGAUUCUUCGAGUCCCCUUCUCACCUUGUGGGUUUGCAAUGAGGGAGUUGACUAUGAUACAUGGUGUGAUGCCCCUAGCAUGGCAGUGGCUAGAGAGAACGCGGUGGCGGGUUUCCUCGAUGGGAAAAUAUACGUAAUGGGUGGUUGCAAGUCAGAAGAAACCGCGAAUUGGGCUGAGGUUUUCGACACAAAGACUGAAACUUGGGAAGCUUUACCUGACCCUGGCGCUGAGCUCCGCUUCUCUUUACUUAAAACAAUGAGAAUGAUCGAGGGAAAGGUUUACGUUGAGAGAGGCAAGAAUAAGUACUAUGUUUAUGAUCCGAAAGAAGGUAGAUGGGAGGGUUCAGCAAAAGCACCAGUGGAUGAGAGAAGAAUGUGUGCCAUAGAUGUUUGUUGGUACCAUUAUGAUAGUCAUAGAAAAUGUUGCGUUUGGUAUGACGAAAAGCGUAAAGAGUGGAGGGUGGUCAAAGGUUUGGAGGCAUUUGAUAAGAAUUGUCGUGGUGGUGGUGUAAGAGUUAUUACGUUAGCUAACUACGGUGGGAAGCUCUUAACCUUAUGGGACGAGUUUGAGCAGACUGGUGGUCGAUGUCGAAACAAGAACAUUUGGUGUUCGGUGAUUAACCUUGAAAGACGUAAUGGCGAUGAUGAUGAUGAUGAUGAAGUUUGGGGAACUAUUGAGUAG